CACACACACAACAUCAGCUGGGGUUGCGUGGCUUUCGACCUCCAUUCUCUUCUGUUGGCAGAAAGAUUCAGGCAUGGGGGACAAGAAGUACGCUGGUGCUCCCUUUGGCACGCAAACGGCAAGGUUCGACGUUUCUGGAGUGCAUCCGCAGAACAAGAUGCCAGGCACCUACACAGAGGUUCCCUACUGCAAGAAAGCCACCUCUAAAGAAAAUCGACUGCUGGGGCCCGGUACGUACUGCUUCGACACUGGCGACUUCAGCGAGCGAGCAGUGUGGGGUAAGGCGAGAGGUCCCAACUGGGAAUGGGCCUUCCAGCUGGCGCGGCUCUCGGCGAUACCUCACGCGCUCUUCCGUAGAGAGUGGGAGCAGAGGAAGCACCGAGCCGAGCAGCUGGGCCCUGGGAGGUACAGCAGUGGAGGAUUCGUGGAGGAACUCUCGGGAAAACCAGGCAGCAACCGCGGGGUUUGUCAGUCCAGAGGUUCCCGCUUUCCCCCGGAAAACAAAUUCCACAGCAAGUUGCCAGGGCCAGGGAGCUACGGGGAGGGAGGUGUACCGUGGGCUGCAAUGGAGAAGAAGGCCCAGCUAUCGCAGGGGACGUUUGGCAUGCUAGAGGCAGGUGAGCAGGAGAUCCGUCGAGCCAUCACUGUGGGGUCGGAUCUGGCCCCGGGUCAGUACCGCCACACUGCACCCCUCGAGGAACUACUGAACAAGAAGACAAGUACUCGUGGGCCUUACGACCUGUACUCAGGAGAGCGGUACCAGGUGCCGAAAUCACAGAUCCAGAACCGGCACUUGGGACCUGGACGGUACAACCUACGACCUUUCACAGCUGAUCUCAGUGAUACGCACCACGGGAAACACGGAGAGUUUGGAAAUCUUGACCAGUACGCUGCACUGCCCACUGAGAGGAUCUACUGCAGCACACUCAGCCAGUGGCCUCGCAGAAAGGUAUAUAUACAGUAUACACACAGUCACACUCUAACAAUGUGUGUGUGUUCUCUUUCCACUUCUUGCCCCACCAAUGUGCUGUAUUAUUGCUAGUCCUUGAAAUUAGUUUGCCA